GUGGAUGGUUACAUGAUGACGAUGCCAGACUGACAGCCUCUACGGGUUAACAGCUACAUACCACGCUACCUGUUGAACGCUCUAUACCACGUGAACACUUGUGCCGCUUUUUAAGCUCCUCUCUGCACCAUCCGACAGCCGCGCGUGAUUUCCAUGGGAACGUCGUCACGCAAAAUAAAAUGACCGGGUUUGCUUGGUCAGAGUGGGCUUGGUUGGUUGACAGUAAUCUUGCUAUGGCUGCAAAGGGACAAAGGAGGGCUGACCCUACUGAGCUGAAAGCAAUUUUUUUAAAGUAUGCCAGCAUCCAGAAAAACGAUGAGCACUACAUGUCUCCGGAGGACUUUGUGACUCGGUUCCUCCACGCACACACUGACAUCAGGCUGUCUGACGAGGCCACCUCAUUGCUGGCUGGGGUGGUGGACCAGAAGAAAGAUGGGUUGAUCUCCUUCCAGGAGUUUGUGGCUUUUGAGUCGGUCCUGUGUGCUCCAGAUGCUCUCUACAUGGUCGCCUUCCUGCUGUUCGACAAGACUGGCAAAGGAGCAGCCACCUACGAGGACGUGAAGCAGGUCUUCAGCCAAACCACAAACCAUCAGCACAUCCCCUUUAACUGGGACUCUGAGUUCAUGCGGCUGCACUUCGGCACGGAGAGGACCAAGCACCUCAGCUAUGGAGAGUUCACCCAGUUCCUCCUGGAGAUGCAGCUGGAGCAUGCACGGCAGGCCUUUGUUCAGAGGGACAAGGCCCACAGCGGCUCCAUCUCCGCCCUGGACUUCAGGGACAUCAUGGUCACCAUCCGGCCCCACAUGCUCACACCCUUUGUGGAGGAGAGCCUGGUGGCGGCGGCCGGGGGCAGUACAUCUCACCAGGUCAGUUUUUCCUACUUUAAUGGAUUCAACUCUCUCCUGAACAACAUGGAUGUCAUUAGGAAGAUCUACACCACACUGGCUGGGAGCAGUAGAGUCCUGGAAGUCACUAAAGAGGAGUUCAUCAUUGCGGCCCAGAGGUUUGGUCAGGUGACUCCGAUGGAGGUGGACAUCCUGUUCCAUCUGGCUGACUUGUCUGAGUCCCGGGGUGACCGUGUUGGUCUGGUGGACAUUGACAGGAUUGCUCCAGUAGAGGAAGGGGCCCUCCCAUACAACCUGGUGGAGGUCCAGAGACAGCUGACUGGUGGGGACCCGUCCCGCUCUGUUCUCAUCCAGGUAGCAGAGUCCGCUUACAGGUUUGGACUGGGUUCCAUCGCUGGCGCUUUGGGAGCCACAGCAGUGUACCCCAUAGACCUAGUGAAGACCAGGAUGCAGAACCAGAGGACCACAGGCUCCCUGGUGGAAGAGCUCAUGUACAAGAACAGCUUGGACUGCUUCAAGAAGGUGCUGCGUUACGAAGGCUUCUUCGGCCUCUAUAGAGGUCUGGUACCACAGCUACUGGGCGUGGCCCCGGAGAAAGCCAUAAAGCUGACAGUGAAUGACUUUAUCAGAGGGAAGAGCAGACAGAAGGAUGGAUCAAUCCCUGUACCUGCUGAGAUCCUGGCUGGUGCAUGUGCGGGUGGAUCUCAGGUGAUCUUUACCAACCCUCUGGAGAUCGUGAAGAUCCGGCUGCAGGUGGCUGGAGAGAUCACCACCGGCCCCCGCGUCAGCGCCAUAUCUGUCAUCAAGGACCUGGGCUUCUUUGGCCUCUAUAAGGGAGCCAAAGCCUGUUUCCUGCGAGACAUCCCCUUCUCAGCCAUCUACUUCCCCUGCUAUGCUCACGUCAAGACCUACAUGAGUGAUGAGGAUGGGAGGAUCGGACCGGGCAAGCUGCUGUUUUCAGGGGCCAUAGCAGGUAAGAUACCAUGCAACACUGUGGCUCAGAACCCUUAA